UCAGAGCUUAGAAGUCUAGCAAGAGGAGGCACAGGCAUAAAGGCCACCCGACGCCACAAAAAGAGGCAGACUCUCGGAUUGCAAAAAAAAGAAGAGACAAAAAAACUAUAAGAAGAAGAAAACGAGAAGAAGCUGAAGUAGAAAAGAAGAAGCAGAACGCGCAAAAGGCAGAAAAGAGCCCAAUGAACGCGCGGCAAAUGCUUGCAAAAUUACAUAUAUCUGUAGAACAUAGUGGCGGCACAAACCCUCCGGUUAUCUAUGGGAAAGGAAAAGACCGACGCUUGUGAGACAAAUGCCGCAACAUCUCUGAGAGCAAAACAACGACCAGAAGUGGGUGUGGAAUCCACGGACUACACCGACGCCAUCUCCGACUCUGAAAGCAACCAAACCAAAGGAACAAGAACUAAAAAGCAGUCCAAAAAUGACGUUCCGUCGGAGGCAGUCGGCAGCAGCCACAAAGAGCCAACAAGUGAUGAUGCUACCAGUGGAACAGAUGCAGAAGCAGCACCAGUAGCCGACGUUUCUGUCAAAGUAGAGGCCACCUUGGAUGAGCACCAAGUGGAAAAGAAAGCCUGUAAAAUCCGCAUUGUGCCUCUAGAGAAACUACUGCCACAGAAAGUGACGGAAACGAGAGAGCAACCAAAAGUCUUGCCGCAACGCAAGUCUCGCAACAACAUUUCGAUCAUUGAAUUGAGCGACAGCGACGAGACCGAAGACGAGCAAAAAGAAGAGCACAAAGCGUCCAUUGUGGUGAAUCCUUUGCGCAGGAAAGCGAAGGCCAUCACCAAGUCCCACGGCAACGCCAGCGGGGCCACCAUAACCAUCUUGUCAUCCUCCUCCUCGGAAGAGAACAGGCCCUUCAAGCUAUUGAAGGCUGUCGAGGCCAAGAAGCGGGCAAAGAAUAUUGCCAGUCUGUUCCACUCAUCCGCCGAGGAUAGCGGCGACAGUAAGCCCUUGCAGGUCCGCGCGAAGGCCAUCAACGGCAAAGAGAAGAUUGCUAAGAAGAUCCCACGCAUCGCUUCAUCCAUUGAAGGGAGUGACAGUCGAUCUGCAGGCCCAGGCACUAAGAAGUCUCGAAAUAAGAGUAGCAGAUUUCAUUCCGAAGAAGCGGCCAGCCUCGCACAGCUCUUAAAGGCGGCCAUCAACGGUGCGGAAGAGCCAAGGUCUCCCAAGAAGAUUGCUAGUGAGUUCUCCUCUUCGUCAGAGGAAAGCCAGCCCUUGGAGACCCGCAGAAAGGCCAUCAACGGCAGGCCACGAAGGGAUUCGACGCUUUCCAAGGAGAAGCAUCCACCGAAACCCUCUGCCACUUCUGUGCUUGCCCAACAACAGCAGCAGCAGCAGCAUCGACUGAAAACUUGUUUGGUACGUGUGAAGCGGAUUAAAGCGUCAGAGCCGGAGCCAAGGCCAAGCAUCAAGGAGGCAGAGCCGAAGCCACAGACAGAACAAAAGCCAAAAUCUAAGACAGAACCAGAGCCAGAACCAGAACCAGAGCGAGAGCCAGAGCCAAGCACUUCAAACAAACGGCAACGCAUCAUGAGCACAGAUUCCGAGGAGGCUGCCACAACCUCGGGCACGGCAGCGGCAGCAGCCAAACGGGCACGCCGCUCCGCCAAAAAGAGUGAGGAGUCCGAACCGGACUCCGACUAUGAGGCAGCCGAGGAGGCGCCCGAGCAGGCCGAGUCCGAUGAGUCCGAGCAGGAGGAGGAGGAGGAGGAGUUCCAGGCAAAAUCCGAAGAAGAUGAAGAGGCGGAGGCGGAGGAGGAGGAGGAUGCCGCUCAGACAAGCGGCAGCGAGGUGAUACCACAGCGCAAGCGUCGCGGCGGCGUCAAAAAGCGCGACACCGACUCCGACAAGGGUUCCUCCGACUUUGAGCCCCAGGAAAAGUCCAAAAAGAAACGCAAACGCAUCAAAAACAACUCGAGCGGCGACAGCGAUGCGGAUGGGGAUGAUGAGAAGCAGAAGAACAAGCGGAAGACGAUUCGAAAGAUUAUCAAAAGCAAGGAUCUCGAUAUGACCACCAAGGAGGCGGCCAAAGAGGAGGACGAUCGUCGCCGCCGCAUCGAGGAGCGUCAGCGGGUGUACAAUCGCAUCUUUGACAAAUCGGAGAGCAUCGAAAUCUCCGAACUGGUGCUGGACUUUGACGAGGACUCCAAGAAGGCUCUGCUGCAGGUGGACAAGGGCCUGCUCAAGAAACUGAAGCCCCAUCAAGUGGAGGGCGUCAAAUUCAUGUGGGAUGCCUGCUUCGAGACGCUCAAAGACAGCGAAGAGAAGCCCGGCUCUGGCUGCAUUCUGGCCCACUGCAUGGGUCUGGGCAAGACCCUUCAGGUGGUGACCCUCACCCACACGCUCCUCAUGAACAGGCGCACAGGCGUCGAGCGAGUCCUGGUGAUCACGCCCCUCAGCACGGUGAACAAUUGGGCGCGUGAGUUCCUCUACUGGAUGAAGUUUGCCAAUCGCAAGGACAUCGAAGUGUACGACAUCUCCCGCUACAAGGACAAGCCCACGCGGAUCUUCAAGCUAGCCGAAUGGUUCAACGAGGGCGGGGUCUGCAUCCUAGGCUACGAUAUGUACCGAAUUUUGGCCAACGAAAAGGCCAAAGGACUGCGCAAGAAGCAACGCGAACAGCUGCUACAGGCACUGGUCGAGCCCGGGCCGGAUCUGGUGGUCUGCGAUGAGGGACACUUGCUGAAGAACGAGAAGACAUCGAUCAGCAAGGCGGUGACAAGGAUGCGCACCAAACGGAGGAUUGUCCUCACGGGAACUCCGCUGCAAAAUAAUCUCAGAGAAUAUUACUGUAUGAUUCAGUUUGUGAAACCAAGUCUGCUCGGCACCUACAAGGAGUACAUGAAUCGCUUUGUGAAUCCCAUCAGCAACGGCCAGUACACGGACUCCACGGAGCGCGAUCUCCGCCUGAUGAAGCACCGCUCGCACAUACUCCACAAGCUGCUGGAGGGCUGCAUCCAGCGUCGGGACUAUUCCGUUCUGGCGCCGUACUUGCCGCCGAAACACGAGUAUGUGAUCUAUACGACGUUGUCGGAGCUGCAGCAGACAUUGUAUGGCUACUAUAUGACCACAUAUCGGGAACAGAACAGCUCCGAUAUCUGUGGCAAGGGUGCGCGCUUGUUUCAGGACUUCCAGGACCUGCGACGCAUCUGGACGCAUCCCAUGAAUCUGCGUGUGAAUAGCGACAAUGUAAUUGCCAAGCGUUUGCUCAGCAACGAUGAUUCGGACAUUGAGGGCUUCAUUUGCGACGAAACCGAGGAGGAGGAAGCCGCCGACAGCAACUCCUCCGACAGCUGUGAGUCCUUCAAAUCGGAUGCCAGCAUGUCUGGGGCUCGAAAGAGUACCAAAAAGCACAAGACCCGCAACAGAGCCGGUGCCGAUUCGGAUUCCGAUCUGGAGAUGCUGCCCUCGGGACCCCUCGCACAGAAGGACGACCCCUCCGAGUGGUGGAAGCCAUUUGUGGAGGAGCGCGAACUGAACAACGUGAAUCAUUCCCCCAAGCUGUUGAUCUUGCUGCGUCUCCUGCAGCAGUGCGAGGCCAUUGGCGACAAAUUGUUGGUCUUUUCGCAGUCCCUGCAAUCCCUGGACGUCAUCGAGCAUUUCCUUUCGUUGGUGGACAGCAAUACAAAGAACUACGAGUUUGAGGGGGACGUUGGCGAGUUCAAGGGCUGCUGGACCAAUGGCAAGGACUACUUCCGACUCGAUGGCUCCUGCAGCGUUGAGCAGCGCGAGGCCAUGUGCAAGACCUUCAACAAUGUGGCCAAUCUACGCGCCCGACUUUUCCUCAUUUCCACGCGGGCCGGCGGUCUGGGCAUCAAUCUGGUGGCCGCCAAUCGUGUGGUGAUCUUUGAUGUCUCCUGGAAUCCCUCCCACGACACCCAGAGCAUCUUCCGAGUGUAUCGCUUCGGGCAGGUGAAGCCCUGCUACAUCUACCGUCUGAUCGCCAUGGGCACCAUGGAGCAGAAGGUGUACGAGCGGCAGGUGGCCAAGCAGGCCACCGCCAAGCGUGUGAUUGACGAGCAGCAGAUCUCCAGGCACUACAAUCAAACGGACUUGACGGAGCUCUAUUCGUACGAGCUGAAGCCAACGGCGGAGCGGGAGAUGCCGGCUCUGCCCAAGGAUAGACUGUUUGCAGAGCUGCUGACCGAGCACGACAAGCUGAUAUUCAAAUAUCACGAGCACGACUCCCUGCUGGAGCAGGAGGAGCACGAAAAUCUGACCGAGGAGGAGCGAAAGUCCGCGUGGGCCGAAUACGAGGCGGAGAAGACACGCACCGUGCAGGCCUCCCAAUACAUGAGCUACGAUCGCAAUGCCUUUGGCAAUCAGGUGAUGGGACAAUUUGGCAACGCCUCCGGCAGCGUCACCUCCAACAAGAUCUUUGGCUUCCGUUCGGACAUUCUGCUGCAGUUGCUCAACAUGAAAAUAUCCAAAGAUCAUCCAGAACUAACACAGAACCAGGUCAUCCAAUUGGUGCCGUCAUAUCUGCAGCAGCUGUACAACGAGAUGAACAAUGGGGAUCCCUCCAUGUACAAGGAUCUGUUGAAUCUGCACGGGAAUAUCAUACACCCCAGUGGGAUGUAUAUGAAUCCAUUGCUCUAUGCCAAUCAGCAUCCAUCGGCGGCGGGCUAUAAUCAGGGUACUGGUGGCGCCGGUGCCGUUGCGGGUGUGGGUGUCGGGGCCGGUGCCGGUGCCGUUCCAGGUGUGCCAGGAGGAGCACCGCCUACGGUGCCUGCAGCACCCGGUUUCGAGCCGGAUAAGGUAUACGAAAUUGAUUAGGAUUCUCCACCUUCACAGAGGCAGAUUGCAUAAACACUCUCCACUCCACAGAAGAGAGAGAAGCCACACCCACACGGCCCUUUCCAUUGAGAAAACACAACCCUUGAAUGGGUUGCAAUUUAUAUUAUAAUUUUAGGUAAUUUCGUGUUUUUUGUUUUUCCUAACAAAUGGAUCGAUCAUCUAAGCUAAUCCAAUAACCAAUUUAUUGUUUUCUCUCUCUCUCUCUCUCUAUCUAUCUCUCGCAGUCUAGUUAAGGGUUUAAAACUGUCCUAAAAAUUCAGCUGUAGACUUACAAUUUUACAUUAGAUACAAGAUAAAAGAUACACAGAUGCGUUUUUCAGUUAUAAUUAUAUAUAAACACACAAAAUACUAUUUAGAUCGCCUAGCUAUUACGAUUAUAAUAUUGGAAUGAAUGGAUACGCUGUAGCGUCUGGCUAGGACCUCCUCCAAUCCCUCACACACACACAGGAACAUUAUUUAAACACGCAACAAACGAUAAACAAUAAAUGGCACAGAUAUUAUACAUACAAAAAAAAA